AUGCCGCGGAAUACAAGACGGGAACUAGGUACGAGGGCCUAUCAAAAUAACAAACCAGAAGUGUUAGAAGCAUGUUUAAGAGGCAUACAAUCUAAAGUAAUGUCCCAACGAAAAGCUUCAGAACAUUUCAAAAUUCCUCGAUCAACAAUUAAAAACAAGCUGAAAAAAAACCACGGUAAUAAUAUUGGCCAUCCAACCGUAUUUAGUCGCGCCGAGGAAUUAAGUUUUGAACAGCAUUGUAUACAUUAUCAAAUUUUGGUUUUCCCUUGGUCCCUUAUGACUUAA